GCAGGUCGUCGAGGGAAGAGGUGGGCGUUUUUACACGGUCGCUCGCUGGGUGUUGAUACUGAGAAGAAUUUUUUCCGACGUCUCCUGCCAGCUUUACAGAUGUUUCUCCCUACGCUCGUAGAGGACAUGCAUCAUUUUAAGCCAAGCCGUGAUAGACUGUACACCACCCGGUGCUGCGGGUGUUGCCAUGUUCGAACCGGGACCAUCAUCCUGGGAACAUGGUAUAUGGUGGUUAACCUGUUGAUGGGGAUUCUGCUGACGGUGGCCGUGACGCACCCAGAGAACGUACCAACCAUCGAUUUGCAGUAUGAGGUCAUCGACCAUUACUUUGCUUCCGAUCGGAUGUCUGAAAAUGCCUGUGUGGGAUUUGCCAUCUCCCUGCUGAUGCUCACCAUCAGUGCCAUGAUGGUGUAUGGAGCCAUCACUCACCGUGAUGGAUGGCUCAUCCCAUUUUUCUGCUACCAGCUGUUUGACUUUGCUCUGAGCUGCCUGGUGGCCAUCAGUUCUCUCACUUACCUGCCUAGGAUCCGGGACUACCUGGAGCAGCUGCCGGAUUUCCCUUAUAAGGAUUAUCUGCUGUCCCUGAACUCAAGCUGCCUCCUCCUCUUUGUGCUGGUGUUCUUUGCCUUCCUGAUCAUUCUCAAGGCUUAUUUGAUCAACUGCGUGUGGAACUGCUACAAGUACAUCAACAACAGAAACAUGCCCGAGAUUGCUGUGUACCCUGCUUUUGAGACCCCUCCUCAGUACAUCCUGCCCACCUAUGAGAUGGCGAUGAAGAUGCCAGAGAAGGACCCUCCUCCCCCUUACAUGCCAGCCUAAGCACCAGCCGUGUCACCAGGACACACACAUGCGCCCCCAGCCAUCAUAUGCAUUCCUACAUGCCCCGUCUAACCCAUUCUGAACACCAUGAAGCCCUUAUUCCCCUCUGAACCUUCUGUGUCUGUGUGAGGUCUUUAAAGAUAUUUUCUUCAAUCUCUCCGCUGUAUUUCUUUAGAGUGUUUAUAGAGCAUCCUGGAGAUGUGAUGGAAAAAUGGUGGGAGAGUUAUAACGCGUGAUAAUGGAUGGAUGAAUGUGGAAGAACAUUUGAAGGAACCCCUCUAGCCUUGCUACCCUAGUCCCUCAAAUCCUUUUUUAAGUCUUAGUAAAAGGGAUAUGUGAAAAAAAA